AUGGCGCGUCGCCGGACGUAUACCGUCGCCAUGGUCAGCGACUACUUCUUCCCACAGCCAGGCGGCGUCGAAUCGCACAUAUACCAGCUGUCAAGCAAGCUGAUCGAUCGAGGUCACAAAGUCAUCAUCAUCACUCACGCCUACGACGACCGCAAGGGCGUGCGCUACCUCACAAAUGGCGUCAAGGUCUACCACGUACCGUUCUUCGUUAUCUACCGAAAUACAACCUUCCCAACCGUGUUCUCAUUCUUCCCCGUGUUCCGCAACAUUUGCAUUCGCGAAAGGAUAGAGAUUGUACAUGGCCAUGGCAGCCUGAGCAGUCUGUGCCACGAGGCGAUUCUGCAUGCGCGAACCAUGGGCUUGAGGACGGUGUUUACAGAUCAUUCUUUAUUCGGCUUCGCAGACGCUGCGAGUAUCUUGACGAACAAACUCCUCAAGUUCAUCCUCAGCGACGUCGAUCACAGCAUCUGCGUGAGCCACACUUGUAAGGAGAACACCGUCCUCAGAGCAUCCCUUGACCCUUUAAUGGUGUCUGUAAUUCCCAAUGCCAUUGUUGCAGAGUCUUUCCGUCCGCGCAACUACCGAUCAUCAUCUCGCGCUGGCGCCAACGGGUUUCAAACUGAUCCUCCUCCUGCUCGACCACUAGCCCCCCAUGAGAUGAUCACCAUUGUAGUCAUCUCUCGUCUCUUUUACAACAAGGGCACCGAUUUGCUCACGGCUGCUAUACCUCGUAUCCUCGAGGAGCAUCCCAACACACGCUUCCUGAUUGCUGGCUCCGGGCCGAAUGCCAUCGACCUAGAACAGAUGAUUGAGACCAAUGUCCUGCAGGACAGGGUCCAGAUGCUCGGCUCCAUUCGCCACGAGGAAGUGCGCGAUGUCAUGACCAGGGGGCACAUCUACCUUCAUCCAUCCCUCACCGAGGCCUUUGGCACGGUCAUUGUCGAAGCGGCAUCAUGUGGGCUUUACGUUGUUUGCACUCAGGUGGGCGGGAUUCCAGAGGUUCUCCCCAGCCACAUGACCACAUUUGCCAAACCCGAGGAGGACGAUGUUGUGGCGGCUACGGGGAAAGCUAUCACUGCCAUGCGAGCAGGCCAGGUCCGCACGGAAAAGUUCCAUGACCAAGUGAAGAAGAUGUACUCUUGGUCGAACGUCGCGCUGCGCACGGAGCGUGUGUACGAUGGCAUCACGGGCACGAUUUCUGAGGAGGACUUUUACGGAUGCGAUACUGGGGGCUACAACGGAAGUCGCAUACGGGAUUUCACUCUCAUCGACCGAUUGAAGAGGUAUUAUGGCUGUGGUAUUUGGGCAGGUAAACUGUUCUGCCUCUGCGUGGCCAUUGACUACCUAUUCUUCCUGUUUCUGGAGUGGUGGUUCCCAAGGGAGAAUAUAGACACCUGCCCUGACUGGCCGAGGAAGCCUUCCGCAGACGAGCGAACCAGUUCUGUAGACGCGGAUGCGAAGCGACCUUAG